UCCAUUGCAGUGGAGAGUGCGGAGGAGAUCCUGCAGGCCGUAGAGGCCCAACUGGAGCAGUCCCCGCUGCUGGGCCGCCGGGCCUCCCUGGCUAGGAGCAACAAGGGUCGCGACCGCCGCCUGCCGCCCGCUGACUCCAUGCCUGAGCCGCCGCACCCCGGGGGGCUGACCGGCACUGCGUCCGCCGCCCCGCCGCCCGCCCUGCUCCGCGCCGCUUCGGCUUCCACGGGUGGCAUUGCACUUGGCGUCACAAGUCGCCUCGAGGUCCCUCCCGCCUGCCGCACCGCCACCUCCACGCCGCCGCCUGCCCAGCAGCCGCCCCCACCACUCCCAGCAGCCUCCGCCUCCCCGCGCCCCGCUGCCACACCGCCACUCAGCGCUGCAGUUGGGGAGCCCCUGACGGGCCAGUCGGGAGCUGAGCCGCCCUCCAACACGACAGGGACAACCCCGCUGACAGCAGCAGCAGCAGCAGCAGCAGCAGCAGUGGCGGCGUCAGCGGAGCAGGGCCUCCCGCACCUGCUGCACCCCGAGGGAGCUGCAGCUGCUGCUGCUGCGGUCCCUGGUGGGGGUCAGUGGGGGCUCCACCCGCUGCAGCAUGCGGCCGCACCCGCCCCAGUGGCAGCAGCAGCAGGGGCUCCCCUGCUGACGCCGGUAUCUCCCCCGGGCGGGUGGACGGGUAGCAGCCUCAGCAUCAGCAGCAGCUCCAUGAACGGCACCAGCGGUGGCACGGCGGAGGUCGGUUGGGGUCCCCCAGCAGCAGCAGGGGCAGGGGCAGCAGCAGCAGCAGCAGCAGCAGCAGCAGCAGCAGCAGCAGCAGCCGGCCCCCACGCGGCGGGCCCCAGGAGCAGUGGGCCGUCCAGGCUGGGGUACCCGGGGGCAGCAGCAGGGGCAGCGGGAGGGGCAGCAGCAGGGGCAGCGGCUGGCCCCACGGGCAGCGGUGCGGCGGAGAAGAAGGUGGCCAUAGCGGGGGUGCGCACCUGGCUGCAGGUCCUCCCCGACGGCUCCGCGCACAUUGUGCAGCUGGACCGCGGGCAGCUGGGCGGGCGCUUCGGAGUGCAGCUGCGGGACUUCAGGGUGUUGGACCCGGUGCUGGGCGGCGCCUACCCCGCCUGCCUGCUGUGCCGGGAGGGGGCGCUGGUGGUCAACCUGGACCACAUCAAGAUGAUCAUCACCGCACACUUCGCGCUCGUCAACACCGCGGACUCGGACAAGGCCCGCCCCUUCACGGAGGAGCUCAAGCGGCGCCUCCAGCUCUACGCAGCCAGCAGCAGCAGCGGCAGCAGCGGCAGCGUCAGCAGUGGCAGCAGGGCGCCCUCCACCACUGCAGCAGGCGCGGUGCGGCCCCUGCAGCAGCACCCCCCGCAGCAACAGCAGCGGCCCCCGCCACCCCCCAGCCCUCCCGCAGCGUCAGGCGCGGCUGCCGGAGUGGCGGGGCUGCUGGGGCAGGGCCCCAUGUCCCAAGUUGCUAGCGCCCUGCUGUCCAUGAUUCCCAACAUGGGGGCCGCGCUGGGUGGCCGGCAGGGGGCAGCAGGGGCAGCAGCAGGGGCAGCAGCAGGGGCAGCAGCAGGGGCAGCUCCCUCAGCAGCGGGC